AAGAAACAAAGAACUGAAAACAGAAAAUGUAACAGAAAUAGAAUAGAAGAACUCUUAUUUAUGACUUUUUAAUAUAUUGUUUUUUAGGUCUAAUUUUGUGUUGUUGUUUUUUUUUUACUUGAGACCAGAAAGAAAAUGUAUAUGUAAAAAAACACUUUUGGUUGGGAUAAAUAAUAAAUUGGAGAAUUAAGUAUUGCGCUGAUCUUCCCUAUUCCCUGUGCUCGGAUCAAGCAGAUGUUGCGCCCCUGAUUUGGCCCUGGUUAUCUGGCUAAGACUAGUCCUGGUUAGUGAGAUAACCAGCACUCUGGUUAGUGUGAUUAUGUCACUUAGAUGGGAUGAGUCAUUGCAGACUAGCCCUGGCUUGUCUACAGAAGCUCUAUGAUUGAAUCAGCUGUUCCAGUCGUACAAACAUGAGUACAGCUGAGUCAGGACAUGAUAGGCCCCAGUCAGACUAGGCCAGGCCUUUAAACUGGUCUAGUCCUGACAUGUCUGAGCAGGACUAUAAGAGGCUGCAGCUCUGCCCUGCUCCACUCUCUCUGCACUUUAUCUGCCGUUAUUUGCACAAGAUGAGCUGCUAAAACUCCUUCAUUUCCCCUGCAUAUACUGGGACAAUCAGCUUCACCAUGUCAGCCGACAGUGAUACCAACACCUGGUCCGCAGAGGACGACAACAAACUGGUGAGACCAAAGGUAGAGUUCUGCUCUUUGCUGCAGCAUGCUGGAGCCACUAAAGAUGUUUUCACCAUGAAGGAGGUAAUGUUCUACCUGGGUCAGUACAUCAUCCAGAAGCAGCUGUACGACCAGAAGCAGCAACACAUCGUCCACUGCGCCCAGGAUGCUUUGGGCCGUGUGCUGGGAGUCGACAGCUUCUCCGUGAAAGAGCCGCGGGUUCUGUUUGCAAUGAUCACCAAGAACCUGGUGGCUGUCAGGAGUCCAGAAUCAACAACAAGUCUGAGUGAGCCACACAGCAGCAGCCAGACAGACAGAAGGACGGAGGCGGCAGAAACGGAAGGUCGCUCUUCAUCGCCUGACAGGAGGAGGAGAAGAAGGAGGAGGAGGUGGAGCUGCAGGAGCAAUGAGCCAGGUCCUUCACACAGUGUAGACAACGAGGAUGUUGAGGAAGACUCAGAGGAGGAUGAGGAAGAGGGAGGCACGAAAAGGAGACGGUCUGAUAGCUACUCGCUGACGUUCGACGACAGCCUGUCCUGGUGUGUGAUUGGAGGACUUGGGAGCGGGCGGGAAAGACACAGCAGCCAAUCAUCUGACUCGCACAGCACAUCUGGGAGAUCAGAGGUCACGGACGCAGCGUCAGACUCUGACAGCGACAACUUCAGUGUUGAAUUUGAAGUCGAGUCCAUAGAUUCAGAUGAUUACAAUGAAGAUGAUGCUUCUCUCUCUGCUGAUGAUCAGGUAUAUGAGGUCACAAUCUUUGAAGCAGAUGACGACGACUCCUUUGAUGAAGACACAGAGAUUACUGAAGCUGAUUACUGGCGCUGUGCGAAAUGCGAUGAGUUGAACCCUCCUCUGCCCAGAAACUGCCUCCGCUGCUGGGAUCUGCGCCAGGAUUGGCUACCUGAGGUGUCUGUCAACUGCACCUCCUCCAGCCCUAAAGCCCUACCCACAAAGCCGACCAACCUAUUAGCUGCCAAAGAACCUCCAGGUUCUGACGUGGAGGAGAAUGGAGUCGACGUUCCGGAUGGGAAAAGAUUAAAAACUCCUCCUCCUCUGCACUCGCAGUGUGCGUCAGACUCCACAUGCUCCUCCGCCGCUGCUGACUCCGCCUCCUCCGCACCAAACUCCCAGGAUCUUCUCUCAUGCUCCCAGCCUUCCUCAUCCUACUCGCAGGAGAAGCUCUGGACUCCCGAAUCCCAGCCCUCCUCUUCCUCAUACUCAUCCUCCAUUGAUUCUCAGGAGCUUCUCUCACCUUCCCCAGCUCCAGCUGCAGCUCAAGCUGCUCCUCCUACCACGCAAGUCCCCGAUAUGGAGCGCAGCAUGUCGGCGGAGUGGCGUCUGCCGGACUCGUGUCUGGACCCCUGCCUCAUCUGUCAGUCGCGACCAAAGAACGGCUGCAUCGUGCACGGACGCACCGGACACCUCAUGUCCUGCUACGUCUGUGCCAGGAAGCUGAAGAAGAGGAACAAGCUGUGCCCAGUCUGCAGGCUGCCCAUCCAGUCUGUCAUCCUCACCUACCUCAGCUGAGACCACUGCAGAUUUACUUUGACUAAAUCCCAAAUAAAAUAAACUUUUAGUUCUCGGGCACAUACGGGUGCUUUCUUCAAAUCUGAGAAGAUUUUCUUGAAAAAGUUAAUAAUUCUACUAUUUGACCUGUUUCUCUGUCCUCGAACCUCUGGAAUGUGCCUGGCAAGGGUUUGUCGGGUAACGCCAAGCUUCACAUUGCCUCGGGUUUCUUUUUUCUUCUUCUUUUUUUAAAUGCUUGGUGUCGUUUCUUCUUUUUUGCUGUAUGUAUUUUGGUGCAGCUUACAUUAAACACUCAUCUUCACUGACCAA